UACUUACUCAUUCGUCACAUUGGCUCCGAGUUGAUCAGACGCAGGCAUUACAUUAACACAGUACCAAUGAAGAGCCUUCUUGCCUUUGCGGCGGUUUUGGCCGUCGUAUCCUCCGGACCAUCGUUGCCGGUCUCCCAAGGCAAAGUCAUAUGCUACUACGACAGCAAGAGCUAUGUCCGAGAAUCUCAAGCCCGCAUGCUGCCAUUGGAUCUUGACCCAGCGCUGUCUUUCUGCACCCACUUGGUCUACGGCUACGCGGGCAUCCAACCAGACACUUACAAGGCUGUGUCCCUGAACGAAAAUCUCGACAUUGAUAGGAACCACGCAAACUACCGCGCGAUCACAAAUUUCAAGAGCAAAUACCCCGGUCUGAAGGUCCUUCUUUCCAUUGGUGGGGACGCUGACAAGGAAGAUGAGCAGAAAUACAAUUUACUGCUGGAAUCCCCACAAGCGCGUACCGCUUUCGUUAACUCUGGAGUAUUGCUGGCUGAACAACAUGGCUUCGACGGAAUUGACCUCGCUUGGCAGUUCCCAAGGAUCAAGCCUAAGAAGCUCCGCUCCACUUUCGGCUCGUUAUGGCACGGUAUCAAGAAGACCUUUGGCACUACGCCAGUCGAUGACAAGGAGUCCGAGCACCGUGAGGGAUACACCGCACUUGUACGUGAAUUAAAGGCAGCAUUGAACCUUAAACCCAACAUGCAGCUUUCCAUCACUGUUCUACCCAAUGUCAAUGCUACGAUUUACUACGACGUGCCUGCCAUCAUUAACCUGGUGGAUAUUGUGAAUCUCAACUCCUUCGAUUACUACACAGCAGCCCGGAAUCCCAAGGAAGCUGAUUACACAUCACCUACAUACAAGCCCCAAAACCGUAAUGAACUUCUGAACGUUGAUUCUUCCGUAAACUACUGGCUGGCAGCUGGAGCACCUAGCAGCAAGGUUGUCCUUGGCAUUGCUACUUACGGACGCACAUGGAAACUUGAUUCCGAUUCCGAAAUCUCAGGAGUGCCACCUCUACAUGCCAAUGAAGCUGGAGAAGCUGGACCGUACACCAAAACCGAGGGUAUAUUGAGUUAUCCCGAAAUUUGCGCUAAGCUGAUAAACCCCAACCACCAGAAGGGAAUGCGUCCUCAUCUUAGAAAAGUCACUGACCCCAGCAAACGUUUUGGUACAUACGCCUUCCGCCUUCCUGAUGACAGCGGUGAGGGUGGUUUGUGGGUGAGCUACGAGGAUCCGGACACAGCGGGACAGAAAGCUCAAUACGCCAAGUCGAAGGCUCUUGGUGGCGUCUCUAUCGUAGAUCUGUCGAUGGAUGAUUUCCGCGGCCUCUGCACUGGGGACAAGUACCCAAUCCUCCGCGCUGCCAAGUACCGCCUAUAGGACACCAGUUACUAAUAAAUAAGUAGUUAGACUAAGUUUAUGCUUUAUGAUCACACUUUAUACUUUCAUGACUUUCCAAUAUAAUUUAUAAUAAAUAAAAACUUGUAACUAUAAACAACAAAAAAAAAACAAUAGUUUUCUCUGAAAUUAUAUGACUGAAUGUAUUUAA